AUGGCCACUUACACCGGCGCAUUAGGCUCCAAACGUAAAUCCGACUUGGUCGAGAUUGCCGAAUCUUUAGGUAUCUCUGAUCCCGAGGCACGAGUAGCCGAUUUGGUGAAGACCAUCCAAGCUCACUUGGAUAGAAACGAAACUUCUUUGUCCAAAGAUGCUAGAUACAAGGGGCUCUACUACAAGAAGAGAGCAUCCGGGACUCACCCACUUGAUUCCGACUCUGAAUCACCUACAAUCACAGCUACAGCUACCGAUGUCAAAUCCCAAAUCGUCUCUACCGCCAAAUCAAGUAGGAAAUCAAUAAACAAAGCUAUCGAUAAAGUACAAGCUACCAUCGAUGCCGCUAAUGUCCCUCUACCAGAAAGUCCAGUCGCUCUGUCGAAAAUACAAGAUAAAGCUAUCGAAGUUUCGCAAGCUCUCGUACCUUCUGUAGAGGUGCAAAGAGGUUUAAGCACUCAGUUGCAUACGGUGUCAAACUCGUUGAUCAAGUAUACUAAGGAUGGUCAGUUGAGGGUUGAUCAUGCUGUUAGACAUCUUAGAGAUCUCCUCUCUACUCCCCAACACCUCGUCUUAACCUCCCUCUCGGUCGAACUGGUCUUCCUCCUCACUCACGUGAUCCAAUUCUACGACCACACGUACUACUUCCGAACUACAGUAGGAGAGAGCGGGACCCUUUCUUCGUUGUUCAACGUAUUCUUCUUCUGGUUACCUAGCGCCACGCUCAAUAUCAGAUUACCUGAAAUUAGAUCAUUUGGCUUGGCUGAUGUGUGGUCAGCUGUCGCUUGGUGGUUCUUCUCGACCGUUUUGCCUCCUUUGGCGUUGUCCACCGUAGUUUCUUUCGUCCCUCAAAAAGGUACUGCUAGACAUGCGGGUGCUCACACAAGAUAUCAAUCUUCUCACCCACCUACACCAACUUCCGACCCACUCGCAUUCGCCUUGAUCAGACUUGCGCUCCUCAUCCUCCCUCUCACUUCUGCUGCCCCAACGGCAUUCGUCGACGCGCUUGAAAUCUCUGGUAACUUACAGGGUAGAGCUUUGGCGGCUGGUUUGACAGCUGCUUUGCUCUUAGCUGAGAAGCUGUAUUAG